UGGUGGCCCCCAGCCCCUUGUGUGGCCCGAGGCCCGGCGAGUCCAUUGGAGGAGCAUGGGGGGAGGCAAUUCUCUGAACGCUCAGCACACGCCCUUGGGAUGGAUUCACCUGCCCCCUUCCGUCCUUUGCCCUGCUCCGUGGGGGGCUCGAAGAAACUGACACCCCUAUUCUUGGUCACUUGGUAGUUGCCGGGUUUUGGUAUCUGAGCGGCCCAUGGCGCAUUGUGGACGACUGUGGCGGUGCCUUCACCAUGGGGAUGAUCGGCGGGGGGGUCUUCCAGGCCAUCAAGGGCUUCCGGAAUGCCCCAGUGGGCGUUCGACACCGGUUCAAAGGCAGCGUCAGCGCCAUCCGCAUCAGAGCACCCCAGAUUGGAGGUAGCUUUGCAGUCUGGGGCGGCCUCUUCUCCACCAUCGACUGCGGCCUGGUGAAGAUGCGGGGAAAGGAAGACCCCUGGAACUCGAUCACCAGUGGGGCCCUCACAGGAGCUGUGCUCGCCUCCCGCAGUGGCCCGUUAGCCAUGGUGGGCUCAGCCAUGAUGGGCGGGAUUUUACUGGCCUUGAUCGAAGGAGUCGGAAUCUUACUCACCAGAUACACGGCACAGCAAUUCCAGAACUCUAACCCGUUCAGCGAAGACCCCAGUCAGCUGCCCCCGAAGGACGGCCCAGUGCCUCCAGGAUAUCAGGGCUAUGGACAGUAUCAAUGAAGCUGCUUACUUUUAGGGUGCUGCAGCUAAUAAUUCAGGGGGCCUCCCCUUGUUGGAAUCAUCCUGAACACCAACCACUUGUCCCUCCAGUUCUUGGAUUCUCCCCCGGAGACAAUGCUGUCAGGGCCUGAUUCCCUGGGAAUCCUUCUAAGUUUCCUGCUACUUUGGGGGGUACGGGGGAUAGGGCCUACAGCUGUACAUGCAGGUGGUGCUGAUGGCAUGACAAAACAGGGUGUCCCCCAUCUUGACCGGCUGUGCUCUCUGAAAAAGGGGGUUAAUGGCCCAUUUACAUAACCCCUGAGCCCUGCUGGUCCCCCCACCAGAGGGGAAACUGUCUUGGCAUAUCUCUCCCCCCCCCCGCAGCUGGGACGGUAGGUCCCCAAACUGCCCACUCUGAGCCGCAAUCUCGCCUCCUUUCGGAUAUUUGUAUUUAAAGACGUUUCGAAGAGUGUUGCAGGUUUCGUUUUUCCAGGUGCAAAAUAGAGCAAGUACUUUA